UUACUUCAUGCUAUGUCAUGAGAACAUGAGAACAUGAGAUCAUGAGAACAACAUCAUUAGUGUCGUGGAUAAUACAAUAGAACACUGCGAGCCACUCGUACAAUCAAGACACUGUGCAAUCAAUGUGCUCCUUUUAACGUCACGACAUUACUCAAAAGUAAAAAGUAGUUACUGCAUCAAAAAUUCCAUCAUCUUUGGCAAAAUGGCUACGAACAAAUCGAGGAUCUAACAGAUUCUUAUUUGAUGUUAUCUCAAACGCACGAAACGAAAAUCAAGUCUUUAGUUGUGAUUGGACACAUUGACCAAACAACAUUUCUUGCUGUUUAAUUGUGUUUAUUUUAUACCAGCAUCUAAACUCCAUCAUCUGGCAAAAUGGCUACGAACGAUUCAAGAACUUUUAUUAUGGAAGACAAUGUUUAUAAAGGAGAAAUAACAUCUAUGCCUAACUAUAAGUCUAUUGGAGAAAUGAUAUGGAAUAAGAUUAAAAGUCAUGGAAACAAAAUCGCACACCUGGACGCAUGCACUGAAAUAGAAGUUACUUAUGCGGAGUUACAAAAUAAAAUCGUAAGAUGCGCUUUAUGGCUACAAGAACGAGGAAUCAAAUCUAACGAUAUUAUCAGUGUGUGCACAAAUAAUCAUCUCAAUUCUAUCGUGCCCUGCUUAGCGGCGAUUUAUAUUAACGCAAUCUUCAAUCCAUGGAACGAAAACAUGGAUUUGCACAACACGCUGCACGUUAUGCAGCUCACUACUCCGAAAGUAAUAUUCUGCAGCAAGAAAUCCGUAAAUGUUAUCCUGAGUGCAAUAAAAAAAUUUAACUACAAUCCUACGGGGUUUUUCGGUGAUCAUCCCGACAUCAUUAAGUUUUCCGAUAUUUUGCGUACGCACAGCAACGCAGAAGUGGAGAAUUUCCAGUAUGUCGAUCACGAUGACAUGAAAAAAACAAUGUGCAUCAUGCACUCAUCAGGUACCACGGGGCCACCAAAAGGAGUUGAAUUAUCCAAUUAUUCAUUGUUACGGUUCAGCGAUGAUAAGAACGUAGACUUAAUCGAUGGAGUCGCAAUUUGGUCCUCAACAUUUUAUUGGAUAACAGGGGUAAUGAUGAACUUCAUGGCGAUCGUUCAAGGCGCCAAAGUGAUCAUUUAUCCAGAAUUCGACGAAGAAAUGUUAUGUUUAUUAAUCAAAAAAUACAAGAUAACUAUGGCUUUCCUAAGCACCAGUAUGAUCAAUCGGUUGCUUAUAUCAAAUAACGUAAAAAAAUUUUCAUUAUCGUCUUUAAAAACCAUAAUCUUUGGCGGUUCAAGACUCAAGCUGAAAGUACACGCAGAAAUAAGACAUAUGUUAUCACAUGUACAAGUAUUACAAGGUUUUGGAAUGACAGAACUUGGUGGAUUUGGAACAUUACAAAAAUUGAAUCAUAAGAAUGGAUCUUGCGGAACAGUAGUUCAGAAUGUACAAAUGAAAAUCGUUGACCGAGAAAACGGAAAGGCUUUUGGACCAAAUCGCUUGGGAGAAUUGUACAUAAAGACGGAAAACAAAAUGAAGGGCUAUUACAAAAAUCUUGAAGCAACUAAAAAUACCGUUGAUGAACAAGGAUGGCUGCAUUCAGGUGACAUCAGUUAUUUCGAUGAAGAUGGAGAACUCUUUAUUGUCGAUAGAAUAAAGGAGCUUAUAAAAUACAGAGGAUAUCAAAUCUCACCUGGAGAAAUUGAGGAUGUCUUACUAUCGCAUCCAGCAGUAUCGGAAGUUGCAGUAACAGCAAUUCCUCAUCCAAUAGACGAUGAACAUUGUGUUGCUUUCGUAGUCAAGAAGCCAGGAGUCGAGGUAACGGAACAAGAAUUAAUAGACUUGGUGACCAACAACAUGAUGGAUCAAUAUAAGCUUCGUGGUGGAGUGAUAUUUGUAAAUGCGUUACCACAUACAAAUACAGGAAAAAUUUCAAAGAAAGAAUUAAAAGUUUUAGCUGCGAAACUACUUUUGAUGUAAAAAAGAUACUUCCAAAUAGAU